UUAGAGUGGCCAAGUCAAGGCUACGAAAGAGUUGAAAGUUUAUAAAAGAAACACCCAAUUAAUAGAAAAUGUUCAAGUAUUCAAGCCUGCUCCUGCUGCUGGGCAUCGUAGCCCUGAUCGGGGCCGAGGUGCAUCGCAUACCCAUACACAAGCACGAGCACAAGCGGACGCGGGCGCACCACAAGGCGGCGACACGGGCCCUGAAUCAGAAAUACCACCCACAGCAGGCGCUCUACGUGCCGGACUAUGUGGCGCCCAGCUAUGACGACUCGAGCAGCGAGGAGGAUAGCAACGAAUAUGUGAUCGAGACGCUGUCGAACAAUCAGAACAUGGAUUACUAUGGUGUCAUUGGCAUCGGCACACCGCCUCAGUACUUCAAAGUGGUCUUCGACACGGGCUCCUCGAAUCUGUGGGUGCCCUCGGUGCAGUGCUUGUCCACCGACGUGGCCUGCCAGAACCACAAUCAGUACAAUUCCAGUGCCUCGAGCACCUAUGUGCCCAAUGGCGAGAGCUUCUCCAUACAGUACGGUACGGGCAGUCUGACCGGCUUCCUGUCCACGGACACCGUCACCAUCAAUGGCCUGAGCAUUGCCAGUCAGACCUUCGGGGAGGCCAUCUCCCAGCCCAACGGCAGCUUCACGGGCGUGCCCUUCGACGGCAUUCUGGGCAUGGGCUACAUGAGCAUCGCCGUGGAUAAUGUGGUGCCGCCCUUCUACAACCUCUACGAGCAGCGACUGAUCGAUGAGCCGACCUUUGGCUUUUACCUGGCGCGCGAUGGCUCCGCUCAGGCUGGAGGCCAGCUGGUCCUGGGCGGCAUCGACUCGCAGCUCUUCAGCGGCAAUUUGACCUAUGUGUCGGUCGUCCAGCAGGGCUACUGGCAAUUCGUCGUCAAUAGCGCCGAGAUGGGCGGCUAUGUGGUCUGCUACAAUUGUCAGGCGAUCGCCGAUACGGGCACCUCUCUGCUCGCCUGCCCCGGCAGCGCCUACACAAUGCUCAAUCAGGUCAUUGGCGGCUAUCUCAUGGACGGGGAUUACUAUGUCGACUGCUCCACGGUGAGCUCGUUGCCCACGCUCAAAUUCAACAUUGGCGGCACCAUCUUCAGCCUGCCCCCGUCUGCCUACAUCAGCAGCUUUACCGAGUACAACACGACCUACUGCAUGUCCAGCUUCACGUACAUCAACACCGACUUCUGGAUCCUGGGCGAUGUCUUCAUUGGACAGUUCUAUACUCAGUUCGAUUUCGGAGAGAAUCGCGUCGGCUUUGCACCUGUCGCCUAAGCAACGUUUGAUUUGCCCCGAACAUUUUAAUUGAGAAA